ACAAUGUUUUAAUGUAAAUAUAGAUAUUGUUUAUUACAAAUCGGAAGGUUUGGCAUGUAUCUGAUCAUUUCGAGGUCAUGAAUCUAUGAAAUGGAUCACAUAUCAGCAUACCUGUCUGUGAGUAAUGGUUCUCCCCUUAUUUUCAUUCUGGAUGCUGAGGUGAACCUCAACAUGGACGGGCUAUGCUGCAGAAAACACCACUGAUUCGUGUGUUUUCCUCUAACUUCUCGCGGACGAAACGUCAACAUGAAGAAGUUCAACUUCAAGAAGGUUUUGGAUGGGCUGACAUCCUCUUCCGCCCCACCGGCCAAGCCCGAAACGGAGAUCACCGAGACCUUGGGUAGCGAGCAUUUCCAAGUUAGCAAGACCGUCCGACAUGGCUUCCCGUACCAGCCCACCGCCAUGGCGUACGAUCCCGUCCAACACAUCCUGGCGAUCGGUUGCAAGUCUGGUUCUAUUCGGCUAUUCGGCCGUCCUGGUGUGGACUGUCACGUUAUGCACGACAACGAUGCAGCAGUUCUACAACUCAUCUUCCUGGUUAAUGAGGGUGCACUGGUGAGUGUGUGCUCGGAUGACAGCCUUCAUCUGUGGAACCUUCGCCAGAAAAGGCCUGCGAUUCUUCACUCCCUCAAGUACAACAGAGAAAGGAUUACCUACUGUCAUCUACCCUUCCAAAGUAAAUGGCUCUACAUUGGGACUGAGCGCGGCAACGUUCACAUCGCUAACAUCGAAUCCUUUGUGCUGUCUGGUUACGUCAUCAAUUGGAAUAAAGCUAUUGAAUUGUCUCAGAGAACUCACCCCGGCCCUGUGGUGUCCCUCAGCGACAAUCCAACCGACUCUAGUAAGCUGUUAAUUGGUUUUGAGACAGGCAUGAUUGUGCAGUGGGACCUGAAGACCAAAGCAGCUGAGUGUAGAUAUGCAUGUGAACAGCAGACAUUACAUUCCCUGGCCUGGCACCACGAAGGCAAGCAGUUUAUGUGCAGUCACUCUGACGGCAGUCUGACAGUGUGGAACUACAGGAGCCCCAGCAAGCCUGCGCAGGUGUUCCAGCCCCACGGACACCCCGCACAGAAGGGCUCCAAACCUGAGGCCUGCAGGCCCAUCAUGAAGGUGGCCUGGCCUACACAGAGAACUGGGGACCCGUUUAUAGUGUUUUCGGACGGUCUGCCCUACGAGAGAUCGGGGCGGCGUCCCUGCAUCACGGUCAUGCAGGGCAAGUCAGUGACCGUCCUGGAAAUGGAGUAUCCAGUCGUUAACUUCCUGCCUGUGAGCUCCACCCCCUGGCCUAAUGACUUCCAGGAUCCUUACGCCAUUAUAGUGCUGCUGGAAAAUGACCUUGUAGUAAUAGAUCUAACCACACCAGGGUACCCCUGCUUCCAGAACCCCUACCCCAUGGACCUGCAUGAGUCCCCUGUCACAUGCUGCACGUAUUAUGCCGACUGCCCGCCCGAGAUGAUCCCUGCCUUCUACACGGUGGGCUCCAGACAACAGAAGAAAACUGGCUUCAGCGAUAAGAAUUGGCCUGUGAAAGGAGGGGAGUGGGGCACCUCCACAUGUAGCUAUCCUGAGAUUAUCAUAACAGGUCAUGCAGAUGGGUCUCUCAAGUUCUGGGAUGCCUCUGCAGUAACACUACAGCUGCUGUACAAGCUGAGAACCAGCAAGAUCUUUGAGAAGCAGCCGCUGAACCAGAGUACAGAGUACGAGGAAGAUCCCUUUGCAAUAGUGAAGAUCGCCAUGUGCUGUGAGAGCAGAAUACUGUGUGUGGCAGGCACGUCAGGGCACGUCAUCGUGUACAGGUACAACAAGGUGGAGACCACCGUGGACGUACCGACCCUGGAGAUAGCCCUGGUGUACGAGGUGGAUGACCUGGACUCUCCCGACACAGAUCAGAUCCCUCCCCCCAUGCAACCCCCCUCCAGCAGUGUGGGGUCGGCGGGGUCAGGGGGCAUGCCCAGCCCCUCCCCCCACCACAGCACGUCUUCAGAAGGAGCUGAGAAAGUGGGCUCUCCCCUGUUGAAGGUGAAGUCUGGCCCUCAGAAGAUGGUCCCAGGUUACCAGGUGGACCUGUGUGCCCAGCUAGUGACCGUUGAGGGAGAACCGCCCUCCCAGAUUCUCUGCCUGGCCAUCAACUCCUUAUAUGGGCUGAUGGCGUUCGGCAACAUGCAGGGCCUGGCUAUCGUUGACAUAAUUCAGAAGACGACCCUCCUGAACCUGGGCACCCCCGACCUGUAUGGCUCUGCCGACCCGUACACGCGGACACAGCCCCGAUCCCCGCAGAGAAAGAAGCCGCCAGCGGGUCUCGGGGACCUUGGUGAGGCACAGGCUGUGGAACAGCUCCAAUCCCCGCAGAGGAGGAAGCCUUUGAAGGCUCUAAGCAAGCUGGGGGAGUCAGAAAUAGGGGAGCAGGAGCGCUGCCGUUCUCCGACGACAGAGAGAGACGAGUCCAACGGGGUGUGUCUGAGUCCCACGGGAACCACACGGAAGAAGCUGGCAGACAUCAAGAGAAAUCGCAACCAGCCUCGACCCAGGAUGUCCAAAGCCCACUCCACCGCUUCCAUGGAGGGCAAUGGUGGUGAUGACAGUGACGACAUGAACAGCAGCCUCAGCAUGUCCUGGGGGUCCAGCGUGAGCCGGCUGUUCCGGACAGAACUAAUCAAAGCUGAGGCCAUGUUGCGCCGACAGAGAAGUAGUAGCACCUCCAGUGUCGGCAGCCAGUCUCCCAAGGUUACCCCCAAAUGUGCGGGGACAGACCCCCAUGUAGCCUCCCACAAAUGUCCGGGCAGAGACUCACCCAAAGCUGACAGUAAGGACGGCUCGUUCAGCCGCUCACGAAGCUCCAGCAUGUCCAGUCUGGAGAACGUGAGCGCGGAGGGCAUCAACUGCCUGUCCUUCACAGAAUCUUACACCAGGAAGACAGGGCCUUCGAAAUCUCGUCACCGGAGGCCAAGUAAAGAGCAGCAGCAUGCGACACCGGCUUUCUUCCCCACCCCCACCACUUACAUGGUGACACCUGAACAUAGUGAGGCCUUUGACCACCACAAACGGAAAGCCCAACAGACAUAUUCCUUAGACCCUGUGACAUCCCCAUGCCUUUGGGUAGGCACAACCCUGGGGUCCGUGCUAGUCAUCGUGUUGAACCUUCCACCCCAGGGGGACCAGCGCCUGACCCAGCCAGUUAUCGUUUCCCCCAGUGGUCCCAUGGGCGCAGCAGCAUUCGGCGACCUCCAGUCGCAAAUGCUGAUGUGCGUUGGUCACCCCUCAGGCACGAUCCUGCGGCUCAAGGGCGCCAUCCUCGCCAUGUCGUUCCUGGACUGUAACGGCAUGACCAUCCCACCCCUCUUCGCCAAGUGGGAGGAUCCCAAGAAGAAGGACGAGAACAGGGAGACCAAGGAUGGACAGUCCAUGAAUCAGAGAAGAGGAUGGCAGCAGUUGCAGCAUCUACACCGGCAGAAAGCCCCGUCCUCCCCCACAACAGAGACCAUCUCAGACAGACAAUUUGUUGUCAUAUGUUCAGAGAAACAAGCCAAGGUUAUUUCUCUCCCGUCCCAAACAUGUGCAUACAAGCUCAACAUUACAGAAACGUCCUUUGUGUGCAAAGCUGAUGUAGUUAGUAUAGCAAAACAUCAGAGCAAGGUUGGCCACUCUACUAAUCUAACCAAGAAAAAGGUUAGAAAUGCUCCCGGGCUCUGCUGUGCCUUGGACAGGGUCACAUCCAAAGUUAAAAAAGAUAGUGUCUGUCUAGCCUGCUUCCUCGCCAACGGGCACAUCAUGACGUUCAGCCUUCCCAGUCUACGGCCACUGCUAGAUAGCGACUUUCUCCCGCUAGCUGACAUGAGGAUUGCCCAGACCUUCAGCUUUUCGAAUUGCGGGCAGGCGCUCUACUUAUGUACGCCGAGUGAAAUCCAGAGGAUAACCCUUGCUGCUGAUACGUGUGAGAGUCUUCAAGAGAUGCUGUGCGAGCUGUUCCUUCCUGUGGACACACCCGAGGGGCCCAAACAGAGCUUCUUCAAGGGCCUGUUCAGCAGUCCGUCUAUUGUCGACAAGGAGGAACUCUUCGGAGAGGCAGCCAGCGGUAAGGCUUCACGCAGCGUAGCCAAGCACAUUCCAGGAACUGGUGGUAUCGAGGGCGUCAAGGCGGAGUCAGGCUCUGCUAUGGCUGAAGUCCAGAAGGCCAGAAUGGCACUUGUGGAGCGAGGGGAGAAGCUGUCGGAGUUGGAAGAGCGGACGGAGGCGCUGAAGGUUGGCUCGGAGCUGUACGCCAGCUCGGCCCACCAGGUCAUGGAGAAGUACAAGAACAAGAAGUGGUACCAGCUCUGAGCACGGCCCUGGUUCUGACGGCCUUUUUUGAGGAAAUGGAGAUUUUCUGAGCGCCCACGUCUGGUGGGGAGGCUAGGGGAGGUACUCACGAUUAACGUAGCACACUCGCAGCGGGGGCCUGCCUUUGUAGAGAGGAAUGUUGAGGUGCUUUUUGCUGCGACAUGGGCAGAAAUAAGAUAACCCCUGCAGCAGAUGAUCCUCCCACGCACUGUUGCUUCAACUGAUGCCUACCAACCUUGGGCAGGGACUCCUUGACUGUUCUUUUACACAAUUGCCAGCAGGUAGAGCACUGCAACCAUAGUGUAGUGAAUUAGGGCAUUUAUAUGCUGAACAGACAGGCAGCAGAGGAGGGCAAAACAGAAAUAAGUAGCACCAGGUUUUACAGUCACUGAUUCUUUCCAUGUCAUUCAUUUUACUUCUUUCUCCAGGAAUCUAUAAAAAAGUCCUGAUUCUAAACACUUUCUCAUGGGGAAAGAGGCAUCAACCUGAAACAUUUUCUAUAUUCUUUGAUAGAUAUUUGCAGAAUAGUAACUGUAACUUCAGGGCCUGUUGUGUAUGGCUCUGUCCUCUGCUGUACAAGGACUAUGAUGCAAACGGAAGAGAACAAAAGAUUUUGUUCUUCUUUCUUGCAUGGGGAACCAGCCUAUUGCUGAACAUUAUGAGGCUCAUAUGUUGGCAAUAUUGCUGCAAGGCUGCUCGAACAUUAGAAAAAAAUAUGAGGGUUCACUAUAAGGAAAGGUAAUAGAAUUCUCUGAGAAGCAAUUUAAACUUGCAAACAGCUGACCUGGAGGAAUUUUUAUGCUGCCUUUGUUAAGUGCAAUCAAAGUACGUAGGUGAGUCAACUAAGUGGAAUUCUGAAAUGCAGUAAACUAGCACUGGUCGAAACAAAACCAUGAUUACGGAAGGGCAACAUAAAACUAAGUUACUCAGUUUACCUCUGACUAAUUUUGACUAUAAAUGCUGCCUACAUGCAUUUUCUUUGGAUUAUAUUUUAUUCCUUGUGAAUUGGAAUUAUAAAACACCAAAUGAUAAUCAGCAAACUGGCUUUUCUUUCAGUUGAAAGUCUAUUAUUAUUGUUAUGAUUAUUAUUAUGAAUGAAGGACAUAAUGUUAGAUAGGAAUGAAGAGUAGCUAUUGAUUAAGAGUGUUGUAAAGAAAUCUAAAGACAAAUUUAUGAGGAUAAAGAUAUAUUGUCUCAAAAAAAGAUGUUUAAUUUGCUUCCAUUACAUAUGCUUUUUUUAAAUGUAAGCUUUUAUUCCAAUGAAUUCUUCCAGCAGGAGCUUUUAAAAUUUUCAGUGAAACUAUUAUGUGAAACUAUUAUUCCAGUGCUGACAAUGUAUUAUUUGGCUUAGUGCAAUAUGGUCAUUAGAUUAGAGCUUUAUGGUAAAGUAAGGAUGGUCAUACUAGUACUUACUGUAAAAUUUGUGUGAUAUUCCUAAAAUUUCUAGGGUGAUAGUGGGACAAUCAUAUGGAUGUGAGGCUGAGAAAAUUAUUGACUGGUCAUUACUCAAGAUUCCUGUUUUCAUAAACAAGACAAAAGUUGUACCUUAGGUUCUUGAUUCCUAUCUUUUAUACAGUAAUUUAACAGGUUUUACUAUUUCUUACUCCCGUACACAGUGCCCUGCAUUUUGUUUAGAAAAUGGGAAUUUCAAAUUAGACCAAAGCUGGGCGAAGAGCUGAACGCCUUCUGAAGCAUGUUACUGGGGUAAAGGUUAUUCAUGAAAGCUCUACAUAAUAUUCUGACCAACCAUAUUCAACCCUAUUCCAUCAUGCUAGAUUUUGAAAAGUAGGUUUGUUAGGUUUGCAAAACACACAAGAUCAUUUUGAAAAUUCUUAUGCUAUUGUAUAUGUACCAUUUUCAUAAAUAACAACACAACAAUGCAUAUUUUAUACAGAGGGUGAUACAAAAUGCAAGAAAUUGUUAUCUGGAAGAUUUUUUUUUUCAAAUAAGUUCUAAGUAGGUAUCAAACUGCUACUUAAUAUGUAGCAAUGGUAUGGUUGUCUUUUAAUGAGACCAACGGAUAGUAGGUUAACUAGUCCAAGCUCAAGUAUGAAGGUAAAUGUAGAUGUAUAGAUAUUUGUGUCAGAUGUAACAUAAAUCUAGUCACCUAACAAAGUGUUGGGUUCCAACAAUGUCAACUGGUACAACAACUACUGGUCCAUGGUGCUGGCAUGUCAAGUUUGCACAGAAUUUUUUCUUUGUGUCACUUGUUUUUGGCAUUUUGAAUUUGAAAAAAGAAGUGGAAGGGUUGUCGAAAAAAGGUUGAGGCCUUUGAAAUGCAAGGUUUUCAAGAGGACAUAUUUUGAAGAAAAAUAUGUUCUGGCAAUAGCUGCUCAUUCUAUUUAGUACAUGCAAAAAGCCAGAACCUUUGGGUUGAAAUCUUGUGUAGGCUUCAUUGGCUGAAUAGAAGAAUAAAGGAAUAAAGGGAUGGAUUUUCUUCCCAUUUUCAUUGUCAAAGUCACCAUAGGGCCGAAGAUGUUGCUUGGACAUAUAUCUUCCCCUUGGCAUUUCAAUGGCAAAUUUGGAGACCCAAAUAGCUGAAACAGUGUAGUACUUUUAUGUACAGAUAGACUGUCAUAGACUGAUCAUCAGUUGCUGCUGUAUUAUGGAUGUAAGAGUUGUAUUUACUUUUAAACCAUAGACUUACAUGUAAUGAUGUAUUUCCAUUGAAAUCUCAAAAGAUUUAUUAUGUUGCCCCAAUGGAAUGUCUUUGUCUCAAAACUAUACACGGCAGUCAAAAUGUCCAUGUUGUGUGGUCAGUGUAUGGAAGUAAAAUCAUAAGAGAGUCCCUUGGCUUAGAGGGUGAUGAAAAAAGCAAGAAUUCCUUUCAAUAUUUGUGACUUCUCAAUUAAGCAUUCCUCAUUUUCAACAUUUUACAGGAUGUAGUCAAAUAUCUGUUCCAUUUUUUUGGAUGAUUGUGCAGUAUGUUUCUACAAAUUUGACAGGGUUGGACUUCCUUGACUUAAGCACUUGAGGGUGGAAAGUCAAUAUAAAACAUUCAGAAACUUCAUAGUUAAUUAAGCUGCCAUUUACAAUUUUGAACAUUAUGCGCAUAACGUGCAAUGCUGUGGAGACAAAACAAGCUAAACUUGAAUUCUAAUAAAGACAAAGCGGAAUGAUGAAAAAAGAAAUGAAGGACAAAUGAUGUAGGUGUACAUAAGAUGCUUACUAUGUGCUGUAGUGUCAUGUAUAGUACAUAGAUAGAUUCCUGCACUGAUCCUGUAUAUCACGCCACACUGUUGCCUCUAGUUCAAGGUACUGCACAAAACAACGGCUCAACUUGAUUGGUUGUUUGUAAUCAAGAAAGAUAUAUUUUCUAAAGCGCCACUUCGAGUGAGACCAUGAAGCCAGGAAAAACAAGCCGUGCAUUACGCUGUAAUUACUAUCAUUUGAUUACCGUUCAUUAACACAGUGAAGGACCCCUGGGCGUCACACCAAAUUUCCAAAGAACAUUCAAAAGUCCACUAGUUAGUUGGAGAAGGCACCUGAAUCGAAGAUCCUUUGUCUGCAGCACUCAUUUGUAAAUUUGUGUUAGGUUUUUGUAUCCUAUAUGCUGUUUACUGUAUGUCUUACCAAUUCUAUUUAUGUGUAUAAAACGAAAAUGAUGUAUAGAUAUGGCAUAGAAUACUUCUGGAGCACAUGUGAUGCUGCCGAACUCACCCUGUAGGAGAUGGUGGCACUUGCUGGAGCUCUGACCACUCUAAGUUGUACAUAUUAUGACAUAUGUAGCAGAUGUCAAAUAAACUCAGUGUCAAAGUA